AGCUGACGGAUCAUCGAUCAUAAGAGCUCGCAGCGAUCUGUAUCGGAGGAGCUGAUGCCUUCUUCCUCUGAGACAGCUGACGGUGCACGAGUUUUGCUCUGACAAGGACAUGAAUGAGAUGAGAUCUGAAUUAAUUUGAUCAUAGCUUAACUGGUGACAGAACUCACACGUCUAUUUGCAGCUAUUGGAAGUGUAUUGCAACCCACGAAUUUUGAAGGAACCAAAGGAACCGUAUGAAGUUAUGGAUUGUAGAUGGACUAUAUAAAUAUUAUUAUUUUUUGACUUUUUUUAAACCCCCGCAUUUCAGAGUGACUUGCUUUUUGACUUGCUCCUUUAUUUGAUUUAACUGACUUGAGUAUUUUUAUAACCCACCACGAUGUUCCAGCACAAUAAGAAGUGCUUCACCAUUGAAUCUCUUGUUGGUAAAGACUCCAAUUCCUCAAGUGCCGCCGCGGAUGAGCCCAUCAGACCCACUGCUCUGAGGUUUACCGAAUCCAUCCAUCCUUCUCCCUUUGGGAGCUGCUUCCAGAACUCAGGCAGGACACUGUACAGCAGCAGCCCAGAGAUGAUGUUCACAGAUCCGGCCACUCAUUCCUCCAACUCCGGCCUGUCUCUACGGCACCUCCAGAUCCCCACACAGCCCUUCUUCAGUCCGCACCAGAGGGAAACCUUGAACUUCUACCCAUGGGUGUUGAGGAACAGAUAUCUGGGACAUCGAUUCCAAGGUGAUGACAGUAGCCCGGAAAACCUGCUGCUACACGGGCCUUUCUCUCGCAAGCCCAAGCGCAUCCGCACGGCCUUCUCCCCGUCGCAGCUGCUCCGGCUGGAACGUGCCUUUGAGAAGAACCAUUAUGUGGUGGGAGCCGAGCGGAAGCAGUUAGCCAACGGGCUGUGCCUGACAGAGACGCAGGUGAAAGUCUGGUUCCAGAACAGACGGACCAAACACAAGAGACAGAAGCUGGAGGAAGAGUCGCCGGACUCGCAGCAGAAGAGGAAAGGUAGUCAGCAUGUGAGCCGCUGGAGGGUGGCCACUCAGCAGGGCAGCCCCGAGGACAUUGACGUCAUUUCAGAAGACUGAUAUCACACGACUGUGUUAUCUGGGUCAUAAACAUCAGUCACACUGAUGGAUCCCUGCCACACAAAAAAAAACCCAAGACAUUCUUCAGACAUUGUCAUGAAUUGAACUUGGCUUGUAAACUACGGAACUGAGUCACCGUCGGCUGAUCGUGCACAAAUGAACAAAGGACGACGACGGCACCCGAAGCAGCGCUCGCAGACUGUAAGACUUCUGUAUGCAAUACACAAGGACCUCUUCAUUUUGGAUCACGCUCCGUCUCAGAGCAAUGAAGACUUUUUUGUACGCUUUUUUUUGUUACACUUCUCUCUCGCUCCUUUGUUAUCAGUCAGAACAUUUCCAUAAAGUAGUAUAUUGGACGGCAAAGGUAAUAAAUUCACCUUAAUGAAUAGUUGAUAAAUGUUUGUAGUGUUAAAUUGCUUUAGACAUUCAAUGGCCACAGUCUAACAAUAGAUACUUUACAACUGGAUGUUUGUAUUGACAAAUUGGCAAAUUGCUAGAAAAUCACUAGUGCGGUUUCGCAUUCGAAAUGGUUGUAUUUAUUCUGAAUGAGUGAACUUUUCUAUGCAUUCGAGCGCCGGACCCAAAAUGUUAUUUUGCAUAUUACAUCUGGGUUGCAAAAGAUUUGCGUGAGCAAUUAUUUUUCCUUUCCUUUUUUAUGUUUGCUACCACAAUGGCUCUUGAACUGAUGUCAAAUAUCAGUGAACUACAGAAGCGUAGAAAUUUUUAAAAAUCGCUCAAUUAAAAAAGAAAAAAAAAAAAAAAA